AUGGGCAAGAGAGAAGUCUUCCACGUCCGCUCGCGCGGCUACGAGAACGACCCCGAAGUCGAGCGCUUCGAGCUCAGCGAAAUCGAUCAUGCCCUGCCCAAGAUCUACACCCUGCUGACCCUGGUCUACGAGCUCGACGCCGCAGCCGACAAGAGCAAGCUCGCCCAGAACCUCAAGGCCGGCCUCGAGAUCACCCUCAGCCAGUACCGCUCGCUCGCCGGCGAGCUCGAGACGGACCCGACCAAUGGCAGGGUCCGCAUCAUCCGGAAGAAGGGCAAGACGGUCGAGUACAUAGUCAACGACAUGUCCGACAACGACGACUUCCCCUCGUUCGAGUCGCUGGACCGGGAGGACUUCCCCGCCGGCAAGAUGGACGGCGACCUGCUGCUGCCCGUCGCCGUCACCCAGAAGCAGCCCUUCACCCCCUUGGGCGAGGACAAGGAAGACGAGACGCCCAUCCUCGUCGCCCAGGUCAACUACAUCCGUGGCGGCGUCAUCGUCGCCGUCGCCGUCCACCACUGCUGCUCCGACGGCCCCGGCACCGACGGCUUCCUCGCCCAAUGGGCCGCCAACACGCAGGCCGCCGCCACCUCGUCGGCGCUGCCCGCCUUCGACAGCAGCUGCCUGGACCGCACCCCGCUCAUGUCGCAGGCCAAGCCGUCGGACGAGUGGAUGGCGGCGACGCAGAAGAAGAUCCGGUCUCUGGACCACGUCAAGGAGCCGCCGGCGCCGCCGCCCGCCGACUUCAAGAUGCCGCCGCUGUCGCAGGUGAUGCUGCACUUCUCGACCUCGGGCCUGGCCGCCCUGAAGGAGGCGACCAAGCAGCCGGGCGACGGCAGCGACUGGGUCAGCACCUACGACUCCAUCAUGGCCGUGCUGUGGCGCGCCUUCACCCGCUCGAGGCUGGAAAUGUUCAAGCCGGACAUGUCGAGCGAGAGCCACCUGCUGCACGCCGUCGGCAUCCGCAAAGCCGUCACGCCCGCCCUGCCGCCCCACUACCUCGGCAACGCGCUCCUCCUCCCCAAGCCGGGCGUCCCCAUCUCGACCCUCAUCGCCACCGGCAGCGACGACAACAGCACCAACAACACCAACACGCUCCCCCUCAUCGCCGCCACCGUCCGCCAAUCCAUCAAAGACUACACGGCCCCGCAAAUGGUCGCCGACACGCUCGACUGGCUCGCCGGCACGCCGCACAAGUCGUGGAUCGCCAUCCGCGUCGACGGCUUCCUCGGCAUGGACGUCUGCGGCACCAGCUGGGGCUCCAUGACGGCCUACGCCCGCGCCGACUUCGGGUUCGGCCUCCCCCGCGCCCUGCGCCGGCCCCGUCCUACGGUUGAUGGUUAUAUCUUCAUGUAUCCGCGCCGCCCGAAGACGGGCCCCGGCGCGGAGGAGGAGGGGAUUGAAGUUUGUGUUUGUUUGGAGAGCUCGUGCAUGGAGAGGUUGUUGCGGGAUGAGGAGUUGGCGAGGUUUGCGAGGCCCAGGGGGUUGUGA